UCAGCUCAACUGAUCUGACUACCACAGAUCUUCACUUUCCAGUAUAGUAAAAUAACAUAUUCAUGGACAGUUGAAUGAUUUAAAUAUUAUUCAGUUAUGAAAGUGCGAACUACUAGUUUAUACUUUUUACUUCAUAUGAAACUUGUUUAGAAAGGCUCAAUUAAGUGAUAUUUUAAAGAUUACAUCUUAAGUUUGUCAUUGUUGUUGUGCUUUUUGUUUUUGCUUUUCCUGUAGUAACACGAAUAUUUAUAAGGAUGUGAAUUGUUUCAGACGCUGUAUGUGUCAGAUAUCAGAAUCUUAUUACCAGAAUUCAAAGAGAUUAUGGAUUCAGUAAUUUCAUCUGUGUUAGGAGUUGGACUGGAAAUAAGUACUAUUCAUUUUAUCCAUAUUCCAAGUUGGAUCCGAUAGUAUGCGUGUGUUUGAUCAUUGCAGCUCUAUAAGUGGAACAGUUUCUACCUUAUUGUGUUUUAUAUUAGAUUGUGCUCAGUUUCCAUUAGUAGAAUAACAAACUGCGGUACAAGUGAUGAUAUGCGAGUGUGAGGCAGGGAGCUGGUGUCUCUGCUUGCUUGUGUAAAUCUAACUUCAAUCUGUCUUUUCUUCACAUGUUACAGAGUGCACCUGUUGUAGAAACUCUAGCCUAUGAUUUACUGCUGGAGGCAGCAAUGCGUGCACAGCAUUUUCAUUCCCGGAACUUGCGGUUACAGGGACCUUGGAAGUGGUUGUUGACUGAAUUUGCAGACUGCUAUGGUGUUUCUGAUUCAUAUACUAAGCUGAGAUAUCUUUCUCAUGUCAUGAAUGUGGCGACUCCAACAAAAGACUGCUUAGAGCUCGUGAAUGAGUUGCUUGUACGCAUAAUAAAGGCUAGAAGUGAGAGAAGUUUGACAAGACAGGAGAUACUAGAUGACACUUUGGCAUCGCAAAUGCAGCAAUUGAAAGGAAAUUCCCUCCAAGAGAAAGAUCUUGAGCCCCCUCGUUCAGUAAUUGAAGCUUGAUCAAUUCUUUGCAGAGACAGCAAAUGCAACAGAUUCAUCGACCUUUUUCUAUGUUUAGGAUUUAACACUUCUCCAACACCAAAUUCAUGCAUCAAUAUUGUCAUAUAUUCCUACCUGAUGUGUAUAGCACUACAAUAAAUUUUUUGUGCAGAAUUCAUUAUAUUCUUUUUGUGUA